AGUGAAGAUCAAGAAAUUGAGAUGGUUUUAUUUAUCCCGAUAGUUGAUUACGAGAGAGAUCCUAAUUCGCAGUCUGUUUUCGUUAAGAAUGAAUAUUACAGUGACGGAGGGAAGGUUAUUCCUGGAAGUUAUAAUAACAAUUUGAGAUUAAAAGUAAGAUGUGGCCAAGAGGUCAAUGAUGAAAAUGCGAUUGUUAGGGUGUUAGUAAAGGAUUAUGUUGGUCAGAGUAAUUCUUUUAUUGUUAGAGUCGUAUUUCCUUAUCAUAAUAAUCGUUUCAAGUAUUUGAUGAACUCCGCUCGACCAAAUGAAUCAGUGCUUUUCGUCAUUGGAUUGAUGGAAGUUAUACAAGAUGAUUUAUGCGUCUAUGCUGUUGAGACUUCUUAUGUCGAUUCUUGUUUUCUGGAUAAGAAAAAAGUUACUAGUUCUAAUGAUUCUCAAUCUUCAUCAGGGUUAUGUAAAUCGGUUCGAUCGAGACUUUUGGUUGCUUAUCGGGAUGCGAAUGAAAAUUCGUCUAAAGAGUUUAAUGCUGAAAGUAAUAAUAAACGUGGGGAAGCGGAUCAGUCUACGUCUGAAUCAUCUGUGUCUAAUUCUUAUUCUUCUAAACGUGUAAGAGUGGAAGAUGAAGUUCCGAAUCAUGUUGAUUCUGAUUAUAUUGAGGACGAGAGUGAAUAUGAUAAGGGUUUUGCAACUAAUAUUGAAUCAGAAGAAAGUGUCAUUGAUGAAUGUAAAAAUACGGGACGUGAUUAUGGUAAAGGGAAUAGGGAGGAUACGAUUUCUUCUGUUGUACAUAAUACGAGAAAACGAACUGAGAUGCUUAAAGGUGCAAAUAAUAAUGUGGCUGGAGGGGAGUAUAAGAAAAAUUGA